AGAAAUAUCCAGAAUACACUUCCAGCAAGAGCACUGACGAGUUCAGCUGCUUCGGAGGGAUUCUUGAGAAGAUAUGAUGUUACACUCAGCUUUGGUCGUCUGUCUCUUACUCAUCACGGUUUCUUCUAACCUUGCCAUGGCAAUCAAAAAGGGAAAAAGACCUCCCCAGACACUCUCAAGAGGAUGGGGAGAUGACAUCACUUGGAUGCAGACUUAUGAGGAAGGUCUCUUUCAUAUUCAAAAAAGUAACAAGCCACUGAUGGUUAUUCAUCACUUGGAGGACUGUCAAUACUGCCAAGCACUAAAAAAAGUGUUUGCCCAAAAUAAAGAAAUACAAGAAAUGGCUCAGAAUAAUUUCAUCAUGCUGAAUCUCAUGCAUGAAACCACUGAUAAGAAUUUAUCACCUGAUGGACAAUACGUGCCUAGAAUCAUGUUUGUGGAUCCUUCUUUAACAGUCAGAGCUGAUAUAACUGGAAGAUACUCAACUGGAAGAUACUCAAACAGAUUAUAUACAUAUGAACCUCAGGAUUUACCGCUAUUGAUAGAAAACAUGAAGAAAGCAUUAAAACUUAUUCAAUCCGAGUUAUAA